CCCCCCCCGACCCCCGGCAUGGCCCUGCAGCUUCACCUCCGCUCCGUGUCGGGGCUGCGCGGCAGAGCCGACCGCAUCGCCAAGGCCGCCUUCCGAGGGCUCUCCUUCUACACCCGCGUGCUGGAGAACUGCGAGGACGAGGCGCUCUUCGACGAGACAUUCCGGUGGCCGGUGGGGACGGACAUCGACGGGAACGAGCUCCUGGAGAUCCAGGUCUUCAACUACAGCAAAGUCUUCACCAACAGGCUCCUGGGCUCGUUCCGGAUGGUGCUGCAGAAGGUGGUGCAGGAGGGGCAGCUCGAGGUCACCGACACCCUCAUCGACGACAACAACUCGGCCACCCAGACCAGCAUCUCCAUCGAGAUCCGCUACCAGGCCCUGGACGGCCCGGUGGGAGCGUGGAGCGACAAGGAAUUCCUGGAGACCCCCAGCGUGCACUCGGAGGGGGACGGGCGGGACCCGCUGGAGACCGACGGGCUCCUGGCCGGGCACCCACAGGGCUCGGACG